CUUGACGCAACUGUAAGCGAAGUUCAUUUUCCACAGCUGGUGAUGGCGGAUGUUGAAGAAGACAUUAUGACGAGUAGCAUUGACAUAGCAUCUGAGGACAUCAACCCAGAGACUAGUCGCUACCCUUAUUGUAUUGUGUGGACACCCAUCCCCGUGUUAUCAUGGUUACUUCCAUUGGUUGGCCACAUGGGAAUCUGUACUUCCAGUGGUGUCAUCCGUGACUUUGCUGGUCCUUACUUUGUCUCAGAAGACAACAUGGCUUUUGGAAGACCGACAAAGUACUGGAUGCUUGAUGUUAGCAAAGUCUACGCUAGUGGCUCCAAUGCCUGGGACAAAGCAGUACAUGAAGCUUCAGAGGAGUAUAAGCACCGGAUGCACAACCUCUGCUGUGACAACUGUCACUCGCAUGUUGCCAUGGCUCUGAAUCUGAUGCGCUAUGAAAACAGCACCUCGUGGAACAUGGUCAACCUGUGCCUCCUCGCUCUGAUUCAUGGAAAGCAUGUCAGCUGUGCAGGCUUUCUGAAGACUUGGUUGCCUUUCCUGGUGCUGAUGGGCAUCAUCCUCACAGUGGCCCUGGCUUUCAACCUCUAGUGAAGUGGGCGGCAGGUUAAGGAUACAGUGGAAUCCCUGCAGGUUGGAUGUGGCCUUUUCUUAAACAAGUGGAACAUCACAUCACAUGGCGAUGAGGGAAAGCAACCGAGGACAUAAAGAUAACUCACCUUCAAGACGGCGUUGAAGAGGAGUGUCCGACACUGGAACACAGGCAGCCCGGUACUGACGUGACUCCGGUGGAGGAGCUGGAAUACCCUGAAAAUUCACUAGUAUUCAGUUACUUUGACAGAAGGGCAUGAACACCACCCACCACCACAACUACCUGGACCACAAAAA